CCCCAUUGAAAAACAACAACAUGGAGUUUAUGGGUCAAAAGAUGUCAAAACUUACAAUUCUUUUUGCUUUCGUUUUUCUAUAAGAGUAGAUCUAGAUAGAUGUAUCUAGACUAUAUCCAUAGGGUAUAUAAAGAAGUGGGGUGGCAAGCCAUUACUGAUUGUGAAAGACAUGUAUGCAUGUUUGUAAUGGAUUUGGAUGUUUUAAUUAUCAUCCCCUACAAGUCUCUUGAAGAGGUCAUGUUUAGUGUAUCACUUAAGAGAAAUGUGACUGUUAUUGAUGUAAGAAAGUUUUAAAAUUUAUGUUUGGGAAUAAAUGAAGGCUAAAGCAGACAUUGACCCACUAUGCCAACAUUUUUAAAUAUAAAUAUAUGACCGAAGUGCUAUAAAUGUGGAAUCAUUAUCAAAACAUAAAAUCAUGGCUUUCUUUCUAACCUCAAGUUCCAUGUUGUUAGCAAAUGAUCAUGCACAUUGUGUACUAAAAGCAGCUGCAGGAAUUUUACCUUUCUUUCUUACAAACAAUGUCUUACAAAGACGCUAUGUGUCUAGAGCAACACCUAUAAAGUCAACAUCUCAUUACUAUGACGUUCUUGGCAUCACACCCAGUGCAACUCAAACUCAAAUCAAGAGUGCAUAUUACAAAAUGUCCAAGCUGCACCAUCCGGAUGUUACUGAAUGCAAAAACAGUCACUCCCUCUUCACUGAGAUCAGUGAAGCUUAUGAAGUUCUUGGAAAUGUCCGCAAAAGACGACUGUAUGAUAAAGGUGUUUAUAACCCACGGCAGAUGAAUCAACCUAGUUCUAGAGAAGACAACACAACCAAUGAAUCAGACGGUCAGGAAGACAACGCAAGAGGUCAUCAAAACUAUUAUUCUCAAAGGGACCCGAGACCUCCCCCGCCACGUGGCAGGUCCAGAAUUUACAAUUUCGAUGAGUUCUACAGGAUGCAUUACAACGACGUGAGAGAGAAAAGAGCCAAUGAAUACAAGGAGUAUCUAAAGUACCAGGAGAUGUUGCGUGAAGAAAGACAAAUUGCGGCGGAUAAAAUGCCCUUGAGUUUGGUUUUUGUGGUGUGGUGUAUAUUCUUUGCCACUGUUAUAACGAUUUAUGAGAAUUACGAUGUCAAUGUCAUUGAUACAAGAAAAAAAGCACGGAAUGGUACAGGUGAUCCUCUAAAGUUUUUAGAUAAAAAAGAUGUAUGAAUGUUUUAUUUAUGCAAUCUGUGGUUUAAGAAAAUGAGUGAAUUCUAGAUUUCUUUUUAUUUGCUGGGGGGACGAACAUUUUAAAAAUAAUUUUACAAUAUUUUUCAUUAUCAUGAGUUAUAUUUUAAAUUUAUAUAUAUUGUAUUAUUGGUUAAAAAAUGAGUUUUGUGUUAUUUUUUUAAAAAUUAUUAUUAGUGCAAAAAAUUUUUCUUGGCCAGAUGUCGAAGCUGUUAAACCGAUAUGGAUAUAAGUAGAAGUGUAUGUAGUCUUUCAUUUAAUUCAUGCUUUUAUGUGAUACAGUGAGCACUUUGAUAUUUUGGUGGCCAAACUUGGCUAUACACUUUGAUAUCUGGGUGAUUAAGUGGUGUAUUUAAAUCUUUUCUUUGGAUAUAACAUUUGUACACUAAAACCUUUAAAUGGAAUUAUAAUAUAAACCUAUUUUAAUGUUUCACAGAAAUAUUCAAAACUAUUAUUCCCAUCCUUAAACCUAAAACGUUGUAUCUAAAUAAUCUUAUACCAAAGCCUUUGAGCCAAUGAAACUAUUGGAUAUUUAUGUUGACUUUACUUAGUUUAAAAAAAAAACCUGAUUAAUCUUGAGCAAAAUUUUAUGUAUUGAAUGAGAAGGGAAUGGAAGAGCAAAGACAAUAAUGUUCCAAGUUUAAAAAUAUUUGGUAGUAACAAAUACAGUCAAAUCCAGUUAACCACGGCAGGAUGCAAUACUUUUCAUUCUAAUAACUGGCUGUUUGAUUAACCAGUUUAGACUUUCAUAGGAUAUGUUUGGGUACUUGUUUGGUCAAAGAAGCUGCUUCUCUGAUUAAUCAGUGGUCAGAUAUUAACUGGACUCGACUGUAUUUCAUGAUGAUAUUACAAUACUUUGCAACUUUCCUUAAAUGGUAAUAACUGUUUUGGUCUAGUUAAGAUGAAGACUUUACAUUCAAUGUCAUUUUUGUGCCUGUAUUUUUAAUUAAUUGGCUCUCCAUUACUUGAAAUGAUUUUGUUUUCAUAAAUAUUUUUGAUGAGAUUAAUUUAAUAAGCCACAUUUUAAAAAUGACUUAAUGUAGACUAGGAAAAUGGGUGUCCUCUGAGCUGCAUAUUUCAUUCUUGACAAUAAACAGCUUGUAAAUUA